UCAAGGCCUAAACUGACUUCCACAAGCGUAAAGAUUCAGUCUAUUGGAAAAGGUCUCCUUACAAAAGUUUUGAUGGCAGCUUCGGUUCUAAAUUUUCAAAUAAUCCCACCUUUCCAACGCCUGCAACUCGCAUCACCAAAUACAGUUAAUUUCCCAACAGCAACCCAUAAGUGGCACUCGAAAUCCAGUGCUCCUAAGAUGUUUCGUGUGAAGCCCCUUGCUGUUCCUGAACAAGGGCUUCAGGGAGCUGUUUCAGGAGUUUUUGAUCUAAUCCAAGCCACACCCCCAACAUGGCAGUCUUCUUUCUUCAGUAAUCUCCUCAUAUUCAUAGUGGGUUCUCCGAUUCUCGUCUCCGGUCUAUCACUUUCAGGAAUUGGGUCUGCUUUUUUGCUGGGUACUUUGACAUGGCGGGCUUUUGGUGCCUCUGGAUUUUUUCUAGUAGCCUUGUAUUUUGUAAUCGGCACAGCGGUCACAAAAUUGAAAAUGGCGCAGAAGGAGGCUCAAGGGGUGGCUGAGAAGAGGAAAGGAAGGAGAGGCCCUGGUAGUGUUAUCGGUUCCAGUGCUGCUGGCUGUGUUUGUGCUUUUCUGUCAAUAUUCGGAAUGGGUGGAGCAGCAUUUUUCGGACUGUGGCAACUCGGAUUUGUGGCGAGUUUCUGCACUAAGUUGAGCGAUACGGUUUCCAGCGAGGUAGGGAAGGCAUAUGGGAAGACAACGUAUCUUGUUACAACAUUUAAGGUAGUUCCUGGAGGAACAGAAGGGGCUGUGAGCAUUGAGGGAACCAUCGCUGGACUUUUAGCUUCAAUUCUCCUGGCAUCCAUUGGCUGUGUCAUGGGUGAGAUAAACGUACCUGAAGUUGUAAUAUGUGUGGCGGCUUCCCAAAUUGCAAAUCUUGGGGAGAGUGUAAUUGGUGCUGCACUGCAAGAUAAGGAAGGAUUUCGAUGGCUCAAUAAUGACGCUGUUAAUGUAAUUAACAUUUCAAUCGGCAGUGUUUUGGCUAUCUUGAUGCAACAGCUGAUGCUUAGAAAUUGACCAUUAAUUUAUGAGCGAAAGAACUUUGAUUCAUCAAUGUCAGUUAGUUCCUUAGAAGCACAGGCAUCUGAGUUUUCUCUCAUUGCCUAUGCCAUCAGUCCUGAAUAUUUUAUUACAUUUUUUAUACUACUGUAAUCAACUAGACAGUGAUAAACCAGAGAAAAAAGGCAUAGGAAAUUCUUUCAGAAAUGAUUUUAGCAAAUUCUCUGGGAAUAGUGUUAGUAUCUCAUGGAAGUUGAGAUUGGGGAAAACAGAAGAGGUUGAAGAAAGGAAUGUAUUUUUUUCUGACUUGUUUAUAUUUGG